UAGAGGUGUAUUGAAUAGAGGUAGUAGUAAUUAAUUGGGUGGUGCCUGCCAAAGGCAAAAGCCCAUUCCAAUACAAUCAAGUUCCCAGGCCUCUCCUCUUCCAAUAAUAACAGAUUCUUUCUCCUACUCAAAUCAACUCCUCCUUCACUACAAUCAGCUCCGCCGUGUAUUCAUGCCCUAGGACUCGCAGCAAACCAGAUACUUUCCCUACAAAUCGUAUCUCGUAAAGAUGGAUCCACAAAGUUCCUUCGAAGGGCAUAUCGUUGAGAUUUGUACUGAUGCACCAGCUACAGAUAGGGUCUCUGGCGGAAGCAAGGGUUGUGAAGGUGCAGCAUGUGGAUUCUCUGAUGCCAAGACGAGCUCUAAGGAUGCACAAGAACGUUCUGCCUCGAUGAGGAAACUUUUGAUUGCAGUUGUUUUGUGCGUCAUCUUUAUGAGUGUGGAAGUUGCUGGGGGUAUCAAAGCCAAUAGUCUAGCAAUACUGACUGACGCAGCUCAUUUGUUAUCAGAUGUUGCUUCCUUUGCUAUCUCUUUGUUUUCAUUGUGGGCUGCAGGAUGGGAGGCUAACCCACGCCAGUCAUAUGGAUUUUUUAGGAUAGAGAUACUGGGUGCACUCGUCUCAAUUCAAUUGAUAUGGCUUCUCACUGGGAUCCUUGUUUAUGAAGCUAUUGUGCGGCUCAUAGAAGAGACGGGAGAAGUUCAAGGUUUUUUGAUGUUUCUGGUGUCUGCUUUCGGACUGCUUGUGAAUAUUAUCAUGGCCGUCCUACUGGGUCAUGAUCAUGGACAUGGGCAUGGACAUUCCCAUGAUCAUGGCCAUGGCCAUGGACACGAUCACGAGCAUGGUCCAGGCCAUGACCAUCAUGGACACGAGGAUCAUGAUCAUGGUUCUGGGGAUGACCACACACAUAGCAAUGGGGUUACAGUCACCAGGUAUGAUUGUUCAACACAAGGGCAUCACAGACACGAUGAACAUCAUCAUGCACAAGGUGAGGAUAUUAGCGAGCCUUUGCUUAUAAAAUUAAGCGAUGACAACAAUAAGGUGGAAGAUGGACAGAAAACGAAGAAGCCACGAAAUAUAAACAUUCAGGGUGCUUACCUUCAUGUGCUUGGAGAUUCCAUACAGAGUGUUGGUGUCAUGAUUGGUGGAGCUAUUAUCUGGUACAAACCUGAGUGGAAAAUUAUUGAUCUUAUCUGUACACUCAUUUUCUCAGUAAUUGUGUUGGGAACCACAAUUAGGAUGCUCCGGAAUAUUCUUGAGGUCCUCAUGGAGAGCACUCCACGAGAGAUCGAUGCCACAAGGCUUGAGAAUGGUCUUUGUGAGAUGGAUGAGGUUGUUGCAAUUCAUGAAUUGCAUAUCUGGGCAAUUACUGUGGGGAAAGUUUUAUUAGCUUGCCAUGUCAAAGUUAAACCUGAAGCCGAUGCUGACAUGGUUCUGGACAAAGUCAUUGACUACAUCAAGCGGGAAUACAACAUAAGUCAUGUGACAAUUCAGAUAGAACGAGAGCAGGCCCUGUGAUUCAGUCAUCGGUUUGUCUUGUUGAAACAGCGUAGUUCCUGAAAAGUAUUCAUGUUAUGGAUCAUUAUCCAUUUUCAUUUUAUCUCUGUAGCUUUGUUCUUCAUAUAGCCUCUUCACAUGAUUUGCUUUUCCCACAGUUUUAUUCAUUGAGGGAAGCAUCUAUGUUAACAAGCAUAUUUGUUGAGAUGGUGACACUCGAACGUGAAACACCCUUCGUUUGCAUUGGUCGGCUGGUUGGCUAUGGUGUGCCACCCGCAUACCUGGCCAGGUGGCACUCUGUUGCCUCCUUGGCCCAAGCUCUCGGCUUUGAGUCACAGCAUUUGUCUUGCUCGCGUCCUUCGUCCUUGGGCCCAAUCGAUCCACAAUCAUCGAGAGUUUUUGCACUCGGCGUUGAGUACUUGGGUUCGCAUCAGCCUUUUUCCUCUUUUGAAGGAUUUUGUCUUCAAAUUAUGAUCAUGUGCAGUUGUGCACCUACCCAAUGUAAAACCAUUAUUCGUCCAAUUAACUAUGGAACUUUAUUAAUUAGAUUUAAGAAAAACCUUACCAUA